GAUUGACACAGUUGUGGGACGGCGGGGAGGCAACGGGAGGAAACUCGAGAACGGCCCGUGUCAACACACACGCCGCACACGUGCGUGCGAACCGCGCCGCGCGGGUGCCCGCCUCCGACGCUGGAACCGGGGCUGCGCGGGGCGGAGACCUGGCCGCGGGGCUCGCCUGCCGUGGACCCGGGCUCGGGCGGGCGGCGGCGGUUGCGGGGGCGCGCCAUGAGGGCCGACUCGGGGCGCGGGCCGGAGGAGGGCCCCCAGCGUCCUCCACGAGCCCUUCCACCUGUGCCAAGUGCUAUUCAAGCUAGUGCUUCUCUGGAAGGCCUUGUUCAGACUGCUGUUCACAGGCCCUCUGAGGGCAGCGCGCCGCCAACUAAAGACCCCAGAGAACACCCAGACGCUCCUAUUCAAAGGAGACAGAAGAAGACGAGGCCGCCUCUCGAGUUGGAAACUGCUUCCACCCAGAAAAAGGCAUCCAGUCCAUCUUUGUUACGAAAUGAAAAUGGUCUCAAUGUGGAGCCAGCUGAGGAGCCAGUGACUCAAAAACCUCGAAGGAAGACAAAGAAGACCCAGCCAGCGGAAUUACAGUAUGCCAACGAGCUAGGAGUAGAAGAUGAAGACAUAAUUACUGACGAGCAGAGUAGCCCGGAACAGCAGGCCGUGUUCACUGCACCCACUGGCGUCAGCCAGCCUGUAGGCAAAGUGUUUGUGGAAAAAAGCCGGCGAUUCCAGGCUGCUGACCGUUCGGAGUUGAUAAAGACCACAGAACACAUAGACGUGUCCGUGGACGGGAAGCCCUGCUGGACGACCAGAGACGUCGCGCUCUCAGUGCACCGGGCUUUCAGGAUGAUUGGUCUCUUCUCUCAUGGCUUCCUGGCUGGCUGUGCCGUGUGGAAUAUAGUUGUGAUCUAUGUCCUAGCAGGAGAUCAGCUUUCUGAGCUCUCAAACCUCCUGCAACAAUACAAGACCUUAGCCUAUCCAUUCCAGAGUCUUCUCUACUUGCUUUUGGCUCUGAGUACAGUUUCGGCAUUUGACAGGAUCGACUUGGCUAAAACAUCAGUGGCAAUCCGAAAUUUCCUUGCCCUGGAGCCAACAGCUUUAGCAUCUUUCUUGUACUUUACUGCUCUCGUACUAUCUCUGAGUCAGCAAAUGACCAGUGACAGAAUCCACCUGUACACACCUUCUUCUGUUAAUGGGAGCCUCUGGGCAGAAGGACUCGAGGAGCAGGUUCUGCAGCCAUGGAUUGUGGUGAACCUGGUGGUGGCCCUUCUGGUUGGAUUAUCUUGGCUUUUUUUGUCUUAUAGGCCAGGCAUGGAUCUCAGUGAAGGUUAUCAUGAUCACUGCAGAAUUAGACCUUUCAGCUGUUUAAUGGUCCUGGCUUCUCUAAAGUUGAUGUUCUCCUCUGAUGUGGAAGAAUAUCCUGAGAAAGAUAAAGGAGUUAAGGUCUCUUCAUAAUGCCAGCUCACCUUCAGAGUAGUAAUGGCCCAGUAUUUAGAAGGUUUCCUGUUCGUGUUUUUAAGUGUAUUUUUGUAAGAUAUGUAUAGGUGUAUUUUGAAUUGAUUUUCUGAUUAUAUAAUACUAAAAAAUUUCUCAAGAUUAUGGAAAAUGUUAAAAUUGUAUCUGCAGUUUAUACCGAAACAUUAAUCUCUAUAACAUUAUCAUCCUAAUAACAAAGGAGAUAAUGAGCUAGAAACCAGCAGGUGAAAGUGUUUAUUUCCUGUUCUCUAGAAUUAGUUGUAUUCAUAAUCAUUAUCUUAAAAAGCACUAGUGCAGAAAAAGCUAUAACUUUAGUGUUACAAAAUAUAUAUCAGGUUUAAACAUAAAUUUAAGGAAUGGGGAAGGGGGAGGGGAAAGACCUUCAUUAUUUAUUUUUGAUGUUUCCUUGCUGAAUAAAUUGAAAUAUGAAAUUUGUCUUUUUUGAAAACUGGUUUAGUGGUUGUGUAUCAUGUAAUAAGUAUAAUGUAAUUUAGCUUGAAAGAUGCUUUACUUCAUGGCUAAUAAAAAGGAAAUGUACCUUUUUGUUUGAAAA